AGAGGAAGGAAGAAAAAAAAAUAAACUAGAGAUCUGAAGAGGAAGGAAAUUCUCGAGUGAGUCACGGCUGAAUCGCCGUCGAUCCAACGUCACUGAGUCUAUGGAAGGAGUGGGAGCUCGACUCGGACGCUCCUCUACUCGGUACGGACCUGCCACGGUAUUCACCGGGCCGGUGCGGAGGUGGAAGAAGAAAUGGGUACACGUUUCCCCACCUAACAACAGCAGCGGCAGCAGCAAUCACUCUCAAAAUCACCAGAGUGGCAUCAACGGUACGACGAACGGUAAUAAUGGUUCGCAUCUCGUGCUUUUCAAGUGGACCCCAAUAUCUCAGAACCAAAACAAUAACAAUGGGGACAGCCGGGACACGACUCCUGUCAAGGAGGAUGGGGUGGUGGCGCCUGAGGAGCCGCCAAGACGUAAAUUCAAAUACAUACCGAUUGCUCUCCUAGAGGAACAGAAAAAUGAAGAUGCAGAAAAUGAGGCCACGGAGAAGGUUGAGGAUGAAGCUAAACCAACUGAUAACAACCCUAGUGUUACGGAGCCAGCUCACAAGAGUAAUGGUUUUAAUGAAAAACCUGACAUUAAUGAUGUCCCCAUUGAAGAAAGUCAGGUGAAUAUCUUGCUGAGCUGUCUUUUCAGUUCUCUGUCUCUCUUUCUCUCUCUCUCUGCUUUGAGUUGUGUUUUAGGAACCAUUCUAUGAUCAGAUGCCUUCUAGAGGCUUCCUCUACAGAAAACCUAUUACCACUAAUGGAUGAAGGCUCUUGCAAUCUCUUGCUAGAACUGAAUUAUGGCCAUACAAGUCUACAUAGGAUUUCUUACAGGUUUCCCACUUUGGUUUGGUUCAUGUUAUCAGUGAGAGAAAGUUACAUUUUCUAGAAUGCUUGGUAAGGGAAAAUUCAGUCUGUUAGUUAUAGCUUGUGGACAUUGACACCAUUAAACUUCAUACCUUGUCUUGAGCAUUUUUGUUUGAUUAUCUGAAAGGGUGGAUGUAAUGGUCACUUUAACUUUGAUAUUUCUCUCAGGAGGAUAAUAAAGUAGUACGGCAAGAUUUGAAUGAAAGCACAUUGGAUUUGAGUUUGGGUUUGACAACUCAUGAUGCUGACUCUGGUUCAAAAAUGGAUAAGUCAAGCCAAGGAAAAAUGGAAAGACUGAACUCAAAGUAAUGCUGCAACACAAGUAUAGGCCUUGUUCAACUUACAUUUACAUGCAGAUGAUUAGAAGAAACUGGCAUACAUUUUAUGGCUGAUCUAUACCCUCCAAUUUUCACUUCACAGCCCUGCUCUCACCUAGCUGGUAGUUGUCUUAUGUUUGUACCUCUUGUUUUUCAUUUGAUUUGAUGCUCCUUUGCUGAGCUCAUUAAAACUUGUAUUCAUUGAAAAUGGAGUUGAUAAAGUCUUAUUUUUUUCUUGAACAUUGAUUAUUUUUUCCCAAGUUUUCUAGGACAUGUUGGGACUGUACUAAUUGGAUAAACAUACGAAAAAUUUCGUUCUCUCCAUGGAUUUCAUAUGAAUUUUUUAUGUUGUUUAAUGCAUAUGGAGAUUGUUAGAGAAAAGAUGUAGAUAAAAGAUAGAAGCCUUU